UCUCUUGAUAAACAACUAGACUACAUUCUCCCGUCAUGUGAGAAUUUAUUCGUUAAGUAUCAGAGUUCAGCAAUGUUAGAUCCACUUCCAAGUUUCAUUAACACCAGCGAACAAAAGCUAACUGCUCUGUGUGUGUGUGUGUGUGUGUGUGUGUGUGUGUGUGUGUGUGUGUGUGUGUGUGUUUAUAUAUACAUAUUAUAUACAGGGUUAUUAUAAAAUACUUCACAUCAGAAGAACUGCCUAAUUGUGCUUUCUGCUUUGAAUCCAGAAAAGAUCUAUACAAACAAUCCCUAGAACCAUCACAACAGCCUGCUUUGCCAAUGAACUACCCAGUGUGCAUCAGCCAGCUACUGACAAUCAUGGCAACCAUUGUGAUGGAGAGCAUCGGCCGAGUGUUCAUCAGCCUGCAACAGAUCUGGCAGGUUCCCCAGUUGCUGACUGACGCUGCACCCUCCAUGCCCAGCACCGUCAGAGACACUGAGGUUCCCUCCUACUUCCGGGAACGCUACGUCUGCACCGGCUAUCGCCCACUCAACCAAAACUGGCGCUACUACUUCCUGUCCUUGUUUCAGCGUCACAAUGAAACCCUAAACAUUUGGACUCACCUGGUGGCAUUUUUAGUGUUGCUGAUUAAAUUGUGCCAGCUUACUGAGACUGUGGACUUUAUCAGUGAUCGUCAUUCGUGGCCCCUGCUCAUCCUCGUCCUGUCCUCUUUGACCUACUCUGCAUUCAGUGUUGUAGCUCACUUACUGGGAGGAAAGUCCGACCUUGCUCAUUAUUGCUUCUACUUUCUGGACUACGUAGGGGUAGCGCAGUAUCAGUACGGCAGCGCUGUAGUCCACUUUUACUAUGCUGUUGAUGAAAGCGUCCAUGGACUGGUGAGUGGUAUCUUCAUGCCCACUGCCACAAUCCUCAGCUGCCUUUCGUGUUUGGGAUGCUGCUACGGCAGAUACUGCAACCACAGCCUACCAACAUGGGUGCGUUAAGGAUAU